CCAUGCAUCUUCCUCCUCACCCAUCCAUAUCCAGCCAUCCAUCUUGCUCUUACACUACACUGGAGUACUAUACUAUGCCAUUACUUAAAUCCCAAGCCACCCACGUUCUUUUCUCUUGAUCUUUCACUCAAUUCAAGGGCAUUAUCGACAUUUCAACCCCCUGCCAGCACCAAAAAUUACUUUCACUCUCUGUCAUGUAAAGUGUAACUACAUGAACCAUAUAUAAACACACCACAACUGCCCCUUCCAUUUACCCAUUGCACCCGAAAAAAAAGCAAUGACGAAAAACCAAGACUUGCAAGAAUCCGUCACUUUACCUGGAAAACCCUCCCCAUUUGCCGCCGAAUGCUGGUUCGAUGACACUUGUAUCCUCGACAUGGACUACUUUGUCAAAACCCUAGCCGGCAUCAAAGCCAAAGGCGUACGUCCCGACCUCAUCGGCUCCAUAAUCACCCACUACGCCUCCAAAUGGCUCCCGGACCUCUCCGGAGAAGCCCUCUCCGACCAAAGAAGCCUAAUUAGCUUAGAGUCCUCCCCGGAAUCCGUCACCGCCUUGUGGAUGAGAAAACGCUUCUUCGUCGAAACCCUAGUCGGCGUCCUCCCCCCGGAGAAGGACUCCAUCCCAUGCAACUUCCUCCUCCGCCUCCUACGCACCGCCAACAUGGUUGGGGUGGAGCCCACGUACCGCGCCGAGCUUGAAAAGAGGAUAUCGUGGCAGCUGGACCAAGCCUUGUUGAAGGAGCUCAUGAUACCUUCUUUUAGUCACACGUGCGGUACUUUGCUGGACGUUGAGCUUGUGAUUAGGUUGGUGAAGAGGUUUGUGAACUUGGAUGAGACUGCUAAGAGCGGAGCUGCCAUGGUCAAGGUGGCAAAGCUUGUGGAUUGUUAUCUUGCUGAAGCCGCCACGGAUGCAUAUUUGAGCUUGAAUGAGUUUGCGGCGCUUGCUGGAGCUGUGCCUAGCCACGCCCGUGCCAUGGAUGAUGGGUUGUACAGAGCCAUUGAUACUUAUCUCAAAGCGCAUCCUGGAGUAUCCAAGCAAGAUCGAAAGAGUCUUUGUAGGCUAAUCGACUGUCGAAAGCUCUCCCCAGAGGCAUCUCUCCAUGCUGCACAAAACGAACGCCUGCCUGUCCGGGCAGUGAUCCAAGUCCUCUUCUCAGAGCAAAACAAGCUUCACAGGCACAUUGAUUGGAGUGGCUCGUUCAGUGCCAGCACCAGAAGCCCAAACCCCUUUCUUGACGCCCCAGCUCGGUCCCUCUCGAAGCGCGAAAUGAAUGCGAUGCAAAUGGAGAUAAGGAAAUUGAAAGAAGAGGUGCUCAGGCUUCAAAGCCAGUGCAGCUCCAUGCAAGUGCAGGCAGAGAGGAAAGAGAAAAAGAAAGCUGGGAUUUUCAAGUGGAGUAGGAAUUUAGGGAUAAUGCCUUCGUUUAGGAGUGCGGGUGUGGUGAAGAUUAAUGAGGGUGGAGAUGGGAAUGUUGAGUAUGGGAAACAAACGCCUAUGGAUAUGAAGACCAGGUUGGUUAGAGCUAGAGCUACUCCAAAGUGGAGAAACUCUUUAUCUUAGGGUAGAGGAUUGAUGGUCUUUUUUUUUCUUCUUUCCCUUCUUCUUUCUAAUGUGUUGUUAAAUGUGUUGUGACCUGAGAAGUAAUAAAACUGAUCAAAGUGAUCUCUGAUUAAUAAGUUCAUGUAACACAUCUCAUUCAACUCCGCUAUGAAGGGAGGAAGGAUCUGAUUUAGGCAUUGGAUCUUCUGUCAAAGAAGUGUUUUUUGUCCAAUUCAGUUCACUGAAUAAAAAAUGUAAGGCAAUAAGUGACUCCAA